AUGAAUAGCAACUACACUAGCCCACAUUACCACGCUCAUAAAAAGAGGUUGCAAUCAGACGACUUGGAGAUAUCCUCAUUUGGUUUACCUAGAAAGAAGUUUAUAUCUGAAGAAAGCUUUGCAAAAGAAAUGGCUGCAAUGACUCUGGACCCUAAUUUGCAACUACAGCAGCAGCAGCAACAACAACAAUAUUAUCAAUUUUACAAUAACAGAUUUGGAUCACAUAGCAGCCCAUCAACAAGCAUGCCACAGAACAAAAACGUCGUACGAAUUGAUCAUCUGUCGGAUGAUGACGACGACGAGGAUAGUGUAGAAAUGAAGCCUGGUAAUAUGGUCUUUAUAGACAUUAAUGGCAAGAAAGCAAUUGUGGAUGAGACUUUGAACGGACUACCGCUGGAACUACGGCCAGGCGAGCAUAAACCCAGAAUUCCUGAUUUUGUUCUAGAAAAUUCAGGGCUGACUGAUCCAAGAGACAAGCUAGCGUACCAGCAUAUGUUGAAUUCGUUGAAAGGAAAGAAUAGGCAUAUAGAAGUGUUGAACGAUCCCUCGAUUCAUGUCACACCAACAUCAAUGGAUAUCGACUAA